AUGGCUGAUCAACUCAACAUGGGCGGUCUCAACCUUGGCCCUGACGCUCAGGGCGUCCCUGGCGGCAACCGCUCCUACAUCCCCCCGCACAUGCGCGGCAAGGUCACCGCCAUGAACGGCGCUGCUAAUGGCGGCCCGCCUGGCCCUGCUCCUGUCGGCCCCCCUGCUGGCGCCCCGAUGAACGGCGGCCUCAACCAAUCUGCUUGGGCUGGAAACCAGAACUUUGACGCUCGCCAACAGGAGGGCUGGGCUGGUCCUCCUCCCCGACAGAACAACUGGAACGGCGGCGGCCCUCCCCAGGGACGCAGCUUCAAUCCCAACGCCUACGGCAACCCCGGCGCUGGCGGCAACGCUGGCGGCCGUGGUGGAGGUGGAUACGGUGGCCAUGCUAGAGGCUCUGGCGACGGAGAGUGGCGCGAUGGAAAGCACAUUCCUGGUCCUGCCAACCCCCGUCUUGAGCGUGAGCUCUUCGGUACUGCCGACGACCCGUCCAAGCAGCACACCGGCAUCAACUUCGAGAAGUACGACGACAUUCCCGUCGAGGCUUCCGGUCACGAUGUCCCUGAGCCCGUUCUCACCUUUACCACCCCUCCCCUCGAGGAGCACCUGAUCAAGAACAUCGAGCUUGCCCGCUACAAGAUCCCCACCCCCGUCCAGAAGUACUCCAUCCCCAUCGUCAUGGGUGGUCGUGACCUGAUGGCUUGCGCCCAGACUGGUUCCGGCAAGACUGGUGGUUUCCUCUUCCCCAUCCUGUCCCAGUCCUUCAUCAACGGUCCCUCCGCCGUUCCUGCUGGAACCGGCGGUGGUUACGGACGUCAGCGCAAGGCCUACCCCACCUCGCUGAUCCUGGCUCCCACUCGUGAGCUGGUCUCUCAGAUCUACGAUGAGUCCCGCAAGUUCGCCUACCGCUCUUGGGUCCGUCCCUGCGUCGUCUACGGUGGUGCUGAUAUCGGCUCCCAGCUUCGCCAGAUUGAGCGUGGCUGCGAUCUUCUCGUUGCCACCCCCGGCCGUCUUGUCGACCUCAUAGAGCGUGGUCGCAUCUCGCUGUGCAACAUCAAGUACCUCGUCCUCGAUGAGGCUGAUCGCAUGCUGGACAUGGGUUUCGAGCCCCAGAUCCGCCGCAUUGUUGAGGGCGAGGACAUGCCCAACGUCAACAACCGCCAGACGCUCAUGUUCUCCGCUACCUUCCCCCGCGACAUCCAGAUGCUUGCUCGCGACUUCCUCAAGGACUACGUCUUCCUGUCUGUCGGUCGUGUCGGUUCCACUUCGGAGAACAUCACCCAGAAGGUCGAGUACGUCGAGGACAUCGACAAGCGCUCCGUCCUCCUCGACAUUCUGCACACCCACGGUGGUGGUCUGACUCUGAUCUUCGUCGAGACCAAGCGCAUGGCCGACUCCCUGUCGGACUUCCUGAUCAACCAGAACUUCCCCGCCACCUCGAUUCACGGUGACCGCACCCAGCGUGAGCGUGAGCGUGCCCUGGAGAUGUUCCGCAAUGGCCGUUGCCCUAUCCUGGUCGCCACUGCUGUUGCUGCUCGUGGUCUCGAUAUCCCCAACGUCACCCACGUCAUCAACUAUGAUCUGCCCACCGACAUCGACGACUACGUCCAUCGUAUUGGUCGUACUGGUCGUGCCGGAAACACUGGUAUCUCGACCGCUUUCUUCAACCGUGGCAACCGUGGUGUCGUCCGCGAUCUCAUUGAGCUUCUCAAGGAGGCCAACCAGGAGGUUCCCGCCUUCCUCGAGACCAUCGCCCGCGAGUCGUCCUUCGGCGGCGGCCGUGGCGGCCGCCCUGGAGGCGGUCGUGGCCGUGGCCAGGGUGCCAACCGCGAUUACCGCAAGUAUGGUGGCGGCGGCUUUGGUAGCUCGUCCGGCGGUGGCGGUGGCGGCAGCUUCGGCGGUCCUCAGGGCGGCGGUGGCGGCUUUAGCGGCGGCGGCUAUGGUGGUCCCCCGAGCGGUGGCUACAGCGGUGGUGGCGGCGGUGGCGGCGGCUACAGCGGUGGCGGCGGCGGCGGCGGCUACGGCGGUGGUGGCUACGGCAACCCCGGCGGCCCUGGCAGCCAGUCCUGGUGGUAA